UUAUCAGAAUCAGAAGCUCGUAGCUCCCAGCUCCCAGCUCGCAGCCCAUGCACUUGUGCCGUAUCGUGGGUAUUAUACGAUCCCAGUCUGGGGCUAUAUAAGAUCGGGUUCCGCUGGCUGAGAGCAUCAGUUGAAGCCAAUCAAUUGCCAAGAGCAUUUAGCACUUUUGCAAACACAAACCGGAAUCAAUCCCAAUCCAAUCAACAUGAAAUUCUUCUCAGUUGUCACUGUCUUCGUUCUCGGACUCCUGGCUCUGGCCAACGCUGUUCCUCUGUCCCCUGAUCCCGGAAAUGUCAUCAUCAACGGCGACUGCAAAUACUGCAAUGUCCACGGUGGAAAGUAAAGGACCAGGACUGUCAAAAAAAUGGCCAUAGUUUACCUCAACCUGAAGUAACAAUAUUUAUGCUAAAAUUUGUAAUAAAAUGAAAUCGUAGAAUUUAGACAAAACAACAAGUUGCCAACAACACAAAAUAAAAAAUAACAAAAACACUUAAA